AUGUCUAGCCGCACAUUUUCCCACUCCGCCGAGUUCAAAGAGGUAUUUACAUGGACAUGCCUGAGUAUAAAAGACAAGACACCGCCGCAGUUUCCAUUCAGUCAAUGUGCAGUCCAAUAUCGCACAUGCUUUCGACACUCCCAUCCUCUACCGAUGCCUAUAAAAGCAAUCACGAAACUCCUCAACCUCUUAAUCCCACAAACAGCGAUGCGUGAUGUGCUAGAUAUUGCCAACCUGAGCUACAAAAGUAGCCUUAAUGGUCGCCAUGAUACGACAAAGAUGUCGAGGAGAACACACGGAGCUGGCGGAAUAGGUCAGCCGCGGCACGGAAGUGCUACUCAUGUUGCAUUGCCCUUUGAAAGUCAUGCAGGUAUAGGACAAAAGCCAAAGAUAGAUCAUGAAGAGGCCCAGCCUGAGACUUUGAGGCGGACCACACGCCGGCGCAUACCAACACGUCGUGCUGAGAAGCUUAUGAAUAAUGGAUUAUGGGUUAGACGCCUACUAAGAACAUCUCUUAAGGCCAAGGCAGCAAGGAAAAGACUAGCAAAGCGAGCGGGGACUGCAAAUAAGAAGGCCACCAUGUCCAUAAAUCAACGACCUAGCACUCACUCCCGUCAACCUCAGAAGCAAACUUUGGCUCAAGACAGCGGCGAUGAUGACGAUGACGAUUUGCCCUCAAUCGAGGAGCUUUACAAAAAGAGUCAAGAUAGGGCGAGAUGA